UCAUGUCGGUCUCAUUUGCUCCUGAAUGUACGGAGGCCAAAAACAAGUACGAUGAUUGUUUCAACCAAUGGUACACCGAGAAGUUUCUUCAAGGAAAGUCGAUGCAAAAUGAAUGUGUUGAAUUGUGGGAAGACUACACCACUUGUGUCAACACUGCUUUGGCAAAACAUAAGAUCAAGCCAAUGUUAGAUAAAGCCAGGGAAGAUCAACCAUUUACCUCUGAGCAAAUAAACCUGGGGACCGAAGGUGAAAACGAAAAGAAAUAACCGGAGAAGAAGUAAG